AUGCGAGGCUCCUCCUACUCAACGUCGACGCUAGUAAUAGCAACCACAGCCGCCGUCGGUGCUGUGCUCGCCCUUCUCCUCGUCGGCCCUCCGACAACAAGAAGGAAGAAAAUUACCCGCAAAAUAAAGCCCGCCCCCUUGACACCACAACAAGGCCCCGCCUCGACCAACUCCCCUUCAGGCUCCACCGCAUCUCUGUCUCCUAUUCCCCCGCCACAGCUGCUGUCGGCGUCCUGGAGCUUCGUCGACCAAUCCACCACCCAGCUCCACUCCUUUGCGGCGUUGUUCAGAGCCAGAGAUCAUGCAGAGAAACUGUACUCGGUCCUAGCAGAGCCAGAGACGUACUACCCGGCCACUAGGCAAUCAGAGUUCGGAGUCGAAGUCCUUGAGCGAACCAGUGGUUUUGUCCGGUUCAUUCGCUACAAACGGUCGAGGACGUCAAGGGGCGCGCGGGUGGUGGUGGACAGGCGAACGGGCGAGGAAGAAAACGCCGCCUCCGAUAAGAAGAACGUUACUGGAAGCUCCGCGGCGGAGGAGAGCAUGGACUCGGACUCUACCCCGUCAUGGUUCAUCGUCGACACCCUGACCGUUUUCAAUACCACCAUCACCGUUCGUCACACCGUACAAGUUGUCGAGGAGGAGCCUGCCCCACCCGCCGCUGAAGUCACCGAAGCGAGCUCUGGUGCUGUCGUCGUACCGAACGCAGACUCUCCCAUCGAACACUCGAUUGUGUUGCAAGUCGAGGUCACGGCCAAUGGACCUUUGGGCACCGCGUGGGUGUUGGAGCGCAAGUAUGCCGAAAGGAUGGAGGCGGCUUUGACGGCGUUGGAGCACACCUGGAAUGGGAAGGACGUCUCUGGUGGAUUGGGAAGAAUCUGA